GACGUUUCGGCAAUAGCGGGAUGUUCCGAAUGAAAACUCGGAAGUUUAUCUUGUUUGUUUUUUCUGCUGGGAGGGUUUCCUCUGUUUAAUUUCGGUCGAUUUCCCACAUUAAAAGCAAAGCAAUGCGGUUUAAAGUCGCUCGAGACGCCCUGUAACUUACAUCGACUGCGGUUUCGACGUUUGUCAGAAAAACUGCUGCCGUGUGGGCUGCCCGCUGAAACAUGGACGAGCUGUACACGCUGGACAGGGAGGUGGGCAGAGGCAGCUAUGGUGUUGUGUUUGAGGGCCACAUGGCCAAAACGGGCCACCGGGUGGCUGUGAAACGCCUGCCCUGCAGCAACCCAGAGUGCAUUGAGCUCUACCUGCAGGAGCUGUGGGCUAUGAGGGCCACCGCCAAGAACCACGUCAACGUCAUCGCGCUGCACAGCUGCCUCCUUCAGACGGGAUCCAGGAGCCUCAAGUCCCUCAAGCCUGGAAAGCUGCCUCUGCCACUUGUCGAGGCCGUGCUGAAGGGCACUGUGGUGGGGCCACAGAGAGGUCAAGAGAGGAGUAAGGUUUCCUCAAACACCCCGAGGAGGUGUAACUCGGCCUCCAGGCUCCAGGACAAGACCAACACGCUCCUGGCCAGAGCCAAGCCCCAUCCGAGGGAGAAAUCGACCGGGUCGGAUUCUUCCACCCCGCGCCGGCCUCCGAGCCGAGCCACGAAGAGAUCGGCCCAGCAGCAGGAGGAGGAGGAGGAGGAGCAGUCUGGAUCUCUGCGCUGCCUCGCCCUGUGGCUGGUGAUGGAGUACUGCGACGGGGGCGACCUGAACCGGUACCUGCUCUCCAGACCCCCGGAUGCCGAUCGGAACCACGGUGUGCUGCUUCAGCUGUGCAGCGCCGUGGCCUUCCUGCACGGUCUGGGUAUCACUCACCGAGACCUGAAGCCGGACAACGUCCUCGUCUGCGUGACGCCCAAGGGCCCCGUUAUCAAGGUGGCAGAUUUUGGUCUGAGCAAGAUGAGCAGCGCAGUGGUGAACGGCGAGCGCUGCCGGCAGCACUUCUCCUCCACGUGCGGCUCGGACUUCUACAUGGCCCCCGAGGUGUGGGGCGGGCUGAGCUACACGGCCCAGGCGGACAUCUUCUCCCUCGGCGUGAUGUUCUGGGCCGUCCUGGAGAGGAUCACUUUCGUGGAAGAGGGCACGACGCAGGAGCAGCUGGGUGCCUACGUGUGCAAGGGUCGCUGGCUGAUGCCGCUGGGGGAAGCCCUGUGGGAGAACGCCGACCUCCAGCUGAGCGUCCCUAUGAAGAGGGCGCCCCGGCCGCUGCCCCCUCCUGGCCCGGCCAUGUGCGCCCUGCUUCUAGACAUGCUCGCCUUCAACCCCGAUGCUCGGCCCUCGGCGGGCCAGCUGGAGGCCAGAGUGCGCUCCGCUCUGAAACAGGACUCCGACUGAUGAGCCGUGCCCUCAGAAGACACCGAAACCCCAAUAAACCAUGACUGCUGCGUAGUCCUGUACAGUUUGUUGGCUGCCUCAGGGAAAAGGGCCAAAAAAAGACACAGGAAAGCGUGCGAUUUUCAGGUGGCGCUGCUGUGGUGGUGGCGGUGGAGUGUUGGCGGCCACGUUAAGGGAAAAUGGAUAAACUCAGUAAAACGUGUUGUGAUUCCUUAGUAAGAAGCAGUCCAGUCACUGAAGAACCCAUGACUGCAUGUAUAAAACACACAGUGGCUCUCCAGAGUCCAGAGAGAGGGGAAUGGGACCAGAUGAGUUUCAUUUGGUCACCCUGCUGUUGCUUAGACCCUAAAACGAGCCAGUUUCAGUUUCCUCUGUUUAUCUGGAGAUGAACCGAUGCUGCUGCUCUUUACCUGGAACCGCAGACUGUUGGUUCUCUGCGUCUUUUAGGCUCUCAAUCAGUUUUGCUUUAGCCUUUCCCACCACCACACACAUUUUACCUGCUUAAAAAGGAGCUGAACUCUCCUGGGAUGUUUGGACGUCUAACCUAAUGUAGCGCUCUCUGAGCUUUCAUGUCUUAAAAAAAGCUCACAGCUACUUCUUUAUAGUUGACUUGUGCUUUUGCAGUCUGCAGGGAUAUUUUUAACGUGGGAAAACAGUACAUGUGUAUAUAAGUUUUUUUGUUUUUGUUUUUUUCUUCUUGAAGUCAAAAUGGAAGAUUUCGGGUUUUUUAACAGGAUGAGUCGAUUUUACGACAGCGAUGCGAUGGCUGCUCGUCUCUGCGGAGCGAUCCGCUGCACCCGUCCUCCUCCUCUGACUGAAGCUGAACUAUAAAAUGCGCUGCAGCGUUAAAAGACCUGGAGCCUCUGACUACGUCUGAUUUUAAUUUAGUAAAAUCAGCUCUCCGCUCAUUUGAUAUUUACGAUUUAUUUGUGCUGGACUGGUCUCCAGUAUUUUAUCAAUAAAUAGUUUAUACUUUUUGCAAAUGUAUUGGACUGUGGCACUUUUUGGCCUUCCAAAUGUAGAUGAUUGGCAGCUCAAAUCCUCAAAAUGUUGGAUAUAUUUUUUCUCCAGAGUUUUUAAAAAAAAUCCAAGAUGAAUUUGGAAGCAAUUUUAAGUUAAACUAGAGUUUUCUACCUCUGACAAUUUUAUUAUUAUUCAGGUAAUGGGGGGAAUUGCUAAUUAAAUAAAAAUUCUUUGAAAGUGCUUCCAGAGCAUAUAACGAGAUUCAUAUUUAAACUUUCUGCUUUUAAAGUAUUACUUGAAUUUUGGUGUUUAGUUUUUUUUGUGUGUAAUUUCAAUAAUGAGGAUUUUAAGUUCAUAUUUUUUUGUCCGUGGUAAAAAGUCAAGUAGUACGAAGCUGGGCGAUCUCGCAGAUAAACUGUCCUCCUAUGAACAGGAAAUUAAAGCCAGGGUUCAGGAGUGGUCCUGAUCCGAUCAAUCCCACAUCCACUGUAUUUAUUACAGGUCAUCUGUCUCAGUCCUGUACACCUUGUCUGUUUUUUUUUUUUUUUUUUAUUCUCUUGCUCUCUAUAAAGCCUGAAAUGAUUUCAUCCAAAAUGUCUUUUUAAAUGGAAUCUAAUUUCUAUAAAGACAUCUUCUAACCUCUG